UUUGUUUUUUUUUUUUUUAGUAAGAGACUAAGAGGAGUAGUGAACACUGAACAGCUGUACUCAGCCCUGACUCAGCUUGUGUCAAAACAGAAGAUACCAACAAAUCUAAAGAAUGUUAAAACCAAAAGCUCUUACUCAAGUCUUGUCUCAAGCAAACACUGGCGGAAUCUUAAGCACUUUGCUUUUAAAUACGGAGGGGGCGUUGCUAGCUUACAGUGGUUAUGGGGACAAGGAUGCACGAGUGACAGCAGCGAUAGCUAGCAACAUUUGGUCAGCAUAUGCUAAAAAUGGGAAAGUUGCCUUCAAUGAAGAUGUCCUGGAAUGUGUUCUUCUUGAUUGCAUGGAUGGGAAAGUGGUGAUUGCCCAAGUUGCUAAUUUACUUCUAUGUCUCUAUGCUAAAGAAAAUGUGUGUUUUGGAAUGCUUCAUGCUAAAGCAAAGGCAUUGGCAGACUAUCUUGAUUCUCCUCUUCGUCAAGUAGCAGCAUCAUGAACAUUUUUUUAUAAUACAAAUUUGGAUCUCCUAAAAUUUAAUGAAGCUGUGAAGCAGAGUUGUAUUGCACUUGUGAAUAAAAAGCAACACUUGUGAA